AAAUAAUACAUAUAUAUAGUGCCCCGGUCCCCACACCUACAAUUACAAUACACCACAAACGUUUGCAUACAUAUCGGAGUUCGCCCCCAUCAUUUCAAUGGCGGCUUUCAUUUCUCUAUGUUGUCUCCUCCUCUGCUUUUCCGUCUCCUCCUCCGCCGCCUCCCGCCACCACCACCACCACCACCACCACCACCACCAGCCACCGCACAACACCCACGACCCAUCCUGCACAUCACAACAAGAAUCCAGAAUCAUCCACGAGGCCUGCAAGGCCUCACGUGACCCUCCCGCAUGCGAAUCAUGGCUCUCCCAUUCCGGUCACGUGACUCCAAACGCCACCGUUUUGCAGGUGAUCCAAUCCGCCCUGUCGUCGACCACCGAGAAUCUCGGCAAGGGGCGGGGCAUGGUGCAGGACAUCCUGGGUGCCUCCGCCGGUAACCGGAACCGAUCCGCCGCCGCCAAAACAUGCCUGGAGAUGGUGGGCUACUCCGAGUACCGGAUCGGCCUCGUCGGCGGCGCCCUCACGCGCGGCGAGCUGAAGGACGCGCGCGCGUGGAUGAGCGCGGCGCUGGUGUACCAGUACGACUGCUGGUCGGCGCUCAAGUACGUGAACGACACGGCACAGGUCGUCCAGACAAUGGUGUUCUUCAACACCACUCUGAUCGCCGGCAGCAGCAGCGCGCUCGGAAUGCUGAUGAACUACGAUAUCUACGGCGACAAAACCGGGUGGUGGGGCCCGCCCAGAACAGAGCGCGACGGGUUCUGGGAACCGGCGUCGGAAUCUUCCGGGUCGUCGCUUAGCGGCGGCGUUCCGUCCGGGCUGAAGGCGGACGUGACCGUGUGCAAGGGCGGAGGUGGUUGCAAUUACCGGACCGUGCAGGAGGCGGUGAACGCCGCGCCGGACAAUGCCGGGUCGGGCAAACGGUUCGUGAUAUGGAUCAAGACCGGAGUUUACGAGGAAACGGUUCGGGUACCCUUGGAGAAGAAGAAUGUGGUGUUGUUGGGCGACGGCAUGGGCAAAACGGUAAUUACGGGGUCUAGGAAUGUAGGCCAGCCGGGCAUGUCCACCUACAACUCCGCCACUGUUGGAGUUGUGGGUGACGGAUUCAUGGCGCGUGGGCUAACAAUAAAGAACACAGCAGGGCCAGAAGCGCACCAAGCGGUAGCAUUCCGAUCAGACAGCGACCACACCCUCGUCGAGGACUGCGAAUUCAUCGGCAACCAGGACACGCUCUACGCGCACAGCCUCCGCCAGUACUACAAGUCCUGCCACGUCAUCGGGAACGUGGACUUCAUCUUCGGGAACUCCGCGGCACUCUUCCAGGACUGCCACAUCCUGAUCGCGCCACGUCAGCUGAACCCUGAGAAGGGGGAGAAGAAUGCGGUCACCGCCCACGGCAGGAUCGACCCGGCCCAGUCGACGGGGUUCGUGUUCCAGAACUCGGUGAUCAACGGGACGGAGGAGUACAUGAGGCUGUACUACAGUAAGCCGAAGGUGCACCAGAACUUCCUGGGGAGGCCCUGGAAGGAAUAUUCGCGGACGGUGUUCGUUGGGUGCACGAUGGAGGCGCUCGUGACCGUCGAUGGAUGGAUGCCUUGGGAUGGUGAGUUUGCUUUGAAGACUCUGUAUUAUGGUGAGUUUCAGAAUAAGGGCGCUGGUGCUGACGUGUCGAAGCGGGUCCCCUGGAGUAGCCGGAUCCCCGCCGAGCAUGUCGGAUCCUACUCGGUUCAGAGUUUUAUCCAGGGGAAUCACUGGAUUAAUUAAAUUAAUUUUCUUCUUCUGGUGAUGAUUAAUUAAUUAAUGACAUAGGAAUCAAUCUGCACGUGAUGGAGAUGCUAAUGAGAGGAAAAUGAAGUUUUCAAUUUCUCUGACUGUCACAUAUUAAAAUUGCACAUUUGAUUAAAUCUAGUAGUAAAAAUUGCUACUUGUUGUAUCUUAUGGCAUUUUGGGGGAAUUUUUUUGGUGUUUGAGAAUCGUUUUUGU